CGGCCGCCGCCGCCACCACGACGGAGCUUAGAAGAAGAAAACGUUGAAGUGGUGUAAUCGAGGCACGACCUUCAUCAGGUCUGGUUAAAAAGGCACGCACACACACACACACACUCUGGUGUGUGUAUGGUGGUCCUGGUGGAUUCUCCAUCUCUUUUGAUCGUAUACUUGGAGAUAAAGCUAUGCGAGAAUAAUACUACAGAGUAAGCUCAAACUCUAAGAUCCACUGGGAAUUGUCUUUCUCGAUUCUCGUGAUAUGCCCUACGAAAAGAUCAUCAAAGGUGUUUGCUAUUCGAUUCAGUCUAAAAGUUCGAAUCCGAGGCAAAUUAUACGUAUAGUGUUUUGCUCUGUGUGAGUGCAUGUGGUGUGAUGUGGUGUUCAGUUUGAAGUAAACAGUAUCCUGUAAAGUUUCCCCCCUAAUAAAAGGAACAUUUGGAGCUCCUUUUGGCCUUUCUUAUUUAUCUUUAUGCAACAAAAUACACCCACACAUAAACGCCAAAAGAGUCUCACUUUAGCAUGCAAGAGCUCCGUCUUUUAGAUAAAGGAGAUAGAGGUGCUGGUAUUCAUAGGUGCAGAAUAUGAAGAAGAAAGCUUGUGAUGGUAAUAAUAGUGAUAAAGGUGGUGGUGAUGAUCUGAAGCAGAAAGAAAGACACUUAGUUUCAUGGUCUAAAGAGGAGGACGAUAUUUUGAGGAAGCAAAUCGGUAUACAUGGAACCAAUAAUUGGGCAAUUAUUGCAUCCAAGUUUGAGAAAAAAACUACCAGGCAAUGCAGAAGAAGAUGGUUCACUUAUUUGAAUUCUGAUUUCAAGAAAGGAGGAUGGACACCGGAGGAAGAUAUAAUCUUAUGUGAGGCCCAAAAGAUAUUUGGCAACAGAUGGACUGAGAUAGCAAAAGUGGUUUCAGGCAGGACAGACAAUGCUGUUAAGAAUCGGUUCUCCAUCUUAUGUAAGAGGAAAGCAAAGCAUGAAGCAUCAAGUAAUGAGAACAAUGCUGCUGAAGUCAAUGCGAACAACAAAAGAACCAUGUUCGACAACAGAGAAGAUACAGAAGGAAUUUUGGAAACUUCAAUGCAUCCUAUGAAGUUGAGGAGGAAACAUAUUGCUGCUGCAACAGAAGAUUGUAAUCUAGUAGGAUUGGUAGGGGACAGUAGAACUGUAGACCAGAAACGAAGACCUCCAUUCGUGGUACUUGUGCAGAAUUGCGAUAACACCAACACUUCAACAGCUCAGAUUCAUGCCAGCAGUAAGAAGGCCCUGAUAGAUGAAGCAUCUAGCGGUAUUAGAGUUGAAGGAACAACUUUCAAGAAGGAUGAUCCGAAGAUUGUUGCAUUGAUGCAACAAGCAGAACUGCUCAAUUCACUUGCAUCCGAAGUUAAUAUAGAGAAAACUGACCAGAGUUUUAAAAGUGCUUGGAAGGCGGUUCAAGAUUUUCUUAAUCACACGAAAGAAAGUGAUAAGCUUCGGUUUCACAUCUCUGAUAUGGAGUUUCAACUUGAGAAUUUCAAAAUUUUGGUAGAGGACAUAAGAAGUUGUCGUGAUGACAACCAACGAUUUUGGAGCCAAGCUGAUGUAUACCAGGGAUCCCCAGACAGUUCUGAGUAUGGUACAAUGUCAAGUAUUCCAUCUCACAUAAAUGAAAAAACGAAGAUGGCUGAAGAUUUAUGUAAAGUUGAACCCCGACCAUCUAGACCAAUACAUCCAAAUAAUCUUGUUGAUGAUAGAAAUAUCGAAGAAUAUGAUGCAGCAGCACAUCAAGAUAUCAUACCAUCUUCCAGCAAACUCAACGAUGAUGUUAGAGGUGUAUGUCCAUUGUCAAAUUCGGAAUUCAGUUCCCCACUUCAAGUCACUCCUUUGUUCAGGUCAAUGGCAGAAGGAAUUCUGAGCCCACAGUUUUCAGAAAGCGAAAAGCACUUCCUAUUAAAAACACUUGGAAUGGAACCGACAACACCCAAUCCAACCGCCAGAACCUCACAAUCCCCACCUUGCAAAAGAGCCCUUCUCCAUUGCCUAUAAUUAUAAACAAACACACCCCUCGUCUGAUGAUCCAAACUACUUUUUCUCCAUCAUAACUACCUUAUGUAGAGAGCCUUCCUUAUGAUUCUUCUUCCCUUUUGCCAGUGAGUUUUCUUGUUCCCAAAAAAGGUUUGAUAAAGAAUCUGCAUACAAACUAGAAUGUUCAGGUACAUUCUAGAAUGACAAGCAGAUCUACCAGAACUUCUUGAUUGUGUUUUAUUUGUGUGUUUAUUCUUUUGGGGGAAUCCAAAAUUCAACCAAGCAUUUGGCCUCCAAAUAUGCCAAAUUCUAUACAUAACAUACUUUUGUCUUAGCUAUACAUCAGCAUGUAGCUGAUAUUUACAUUACUUAUACCCAUAAUUAGGGAAGGGGAAGUAUAAAAGAGAGUAAAGGAGGAUCUCAAGAUCAAGAUGCUGAAUUGUACUCCUGUUCUUUGUUUGUUUUCUUUGGUUUCUAUUGUAUUAUAUGAUGAUUCCUAUAUUAA